AUGUUUAACUUGUUGAGAAAAUUAGUUGCGCCCAAGCAUAAGUCCUCGACGGCGGCCUUCGAGUAUUUGGAGCGCGACAUGAUCUUCAUGGGAUGGAAAGCUCCAAAAGGUCAAUGGACACCCGCCAGAGUAGUACUAGCGAUUUUCAUCAUUGCUUCGUCCGCUGUCUAUUUUCCAACUGGAGUCUUUAUCACGUUUUUCGUGGAUCUGAAAACUCUUUCAGCGACUGAAACAAUGACAGUGCUGCAGGUCGCACUCAAUACGAUGGGAUUUCCUUUGAAGUUAUUCAUCCUCAGACUCAAUUUGUGGCGCAAGUUUUACAAGAUCAAGGAGCUCCUUGACCGCAUGGACGAGCGUUGCAUUGCCUUAUCGGAGCGCAACAAGGUUCAUCGCUGGGUGACUCGAUGCAACAUGGCAUAUCUCAGCUACCAGUUUGUCUUCACAUCCUACACAAUUUCGACUUUUUUCAUUGCAAUCUCCUCGGGAGUGGUGCCAUGGAACAUCUAUAAUCCAUUCAUUGAUUCGCAGAAGAACACGAUGAACCUUUGGAUAGCUUCAUUUGUGGAGCUGAUUCCACUCAUAUUUAUAGCCAUCCAAACCUGGAUGGUUGAUGGGUUCCCCCUACUGCUUGGUCUCGUCCUACGAGCUCACAUAAAGCUCCUCAAACAGAGGGUCGACAACCUGUGCUCAGAUCCCAGUAAGAGUGAUGAUGAAAACCAUGAGGAUCUGGUGAAGUGCAUCGAGGAUCACAAUCUUAUUCUGGAAUACGCCGCGCUCAUACGUCCUUUUAUUGAGCCUAUCAUUUUUGUUCAGUUCCUGCUGGUCGGCCUGAUCCUGGGUAUAUCCCUGAUCAACCUUUUGUACUUUGCCGAUGCCUGGGCAAAAUUGCCUAUAGGGGCGUAUAUAAUCCUUCAGAUUUGCCAGACUUUUCCCUUCUGCUGCACGUGUGACCUCAUCAGAGAGGACUGUGAGAUCUUGGCCGUGGCCAUAUUUCACUCCAGCUGGAAUAACUCGAAUCGCAGAUAUAAAGCCUCGCAGUUGUACUUCCUGCAGAAUGCUCAGAGAACCAUCACUUUCACCGCCGGAUCUAUAUUCUCCAUAGGCUUAAGCACAAAUUUAAGGGUUGCCAAACUGGCUUUUUCAGUGGUGACAUUUGUGAAUCAAUUGGGACUCUCUGAUAGAGUAUCCAAAAACGAACCCUUUUUACACACAGCAACACACACAAAUGGCAAUGCAAAUAUAAAUACGACAACAGGGUGA